GCCCGCCGCCUCGGCUCCGGGAGCCCUGCCCUGGCACCCCGUACCUGGCCCCACCCUGGCCCUCUUGGCCGGGAACGGCCCGGAGAAGGAAAGGACGGGGAGGGUGUCGAGGACUAGGGCAGGAGGGCUCAGCCGUCCUCCAGCAACUGGGGAAGGAGGGAAAGAGCUGAGCGGAGGCAACGCCGCUGCCCUCGCUCGCACAGAGCUUUGCGAGUGGGGCCGCCAGGGACCGGUGGCGAAGGAGCCCCGAGAACCCCCAGCUGCGAGAUGCUCCACGCCGUGGGCAGCUGGAGGAGCAACUGUGCGUGCUCUGCGGAGGGCCGCCGAAUCAUGUCGAUGAGCCCAAAGCAUACGACUCCUUUCUCAGUGUCUGACAUCUUGAGUCCUUUGGAGGAAAGCUACAAGAAAGUGGGCAUGGAGGCCAGUAACUUGGGGGCUCCCCUGUCAGCCUACAGACAGUCUCAGGUUUCUCAGCCGGCCAUGCAGCAGCACCCCAUGGGCCACAACGGAACAGUGACUGCCGCCUACCAUAUGACAGCGGCAGGGGUCCCCCAGCUCUCCCAUGCUACUAUGGGGGGCUAUUGCAAUGGGAACCUGGGCAACAUGAGCGAGCUGCCGCCUUACCAGGACACCAUGAGGAACAGCGCUUCGGCGACAGGAUGGUACGGCACCAACCCGGAUCCCCGCUUUUCCUCAAUCUCCCGCUUCAUGGCGCCGUCCUCGGGCAUGAACAUGGGAGGCAUGGGCAGCCUCGGCUCCCUGGGAGACGUGAGCAAGAGCAUGGCCCCGCUCCAGAGCACGCCGCGGAGGAAACGGAGGGUCCUUUUUUCGCAGGCCCAGGUUUACGAGCUGGAGAGACGUUUCAAGCAACAAAAAUACCUCUCCGCCCCGGAGAGGGAACAUUUAGCCAGCAUGAUACAUCUCACCCCGACUCAGGUCAAAAUCUGGUUCCAGAAUCACCGCUACAAGAUGAAACGCCAGGCCAAAGACAAGGCUGCGCAGCAGCAGAUGCAACAGGAGAACGGCUCCUGCCAGCAGCAGCAGUCUCCCAGAAGGGUGGCGGUGCCAGUGCUUGUGAAGGAUGGCAAGCCCUGCCAAGCAGGCUCCAACACACCCACAGCAGCUAUCCAGAGCCAUCAGCAGCAGGCAGCUACAACGAUCACAGUGGCUACCAAUGGCAACAGCCUCGGACAGCAUCAGAGCCACCAGACAAACAGUGCGGGGCAGUCUCCAGACAUGGGACAGCACUCGGCCAGCCCUUCCUCUCUGCAGAGCCAAGUCUCCAGUUUGUCUCACCUAAACUCUUCUACUUCUGACUAUGGCACUGCCAUGUCUUGCUCCACCUUGCUAUACGGUAGGACCUGGUAAAAGGAUUAAACAAAAAAAAAAAAAAAAAAAAAAAGAAAAAAGAAAAAAAAAACAACAACAAAAAACAAACCCAACAAAUUUUCCCAGUUACACAAAUCUCUGUCCUCUCCAAACUACUGUGUGCUUUUUUUUUUUUUUUUUUUUUUUUUUUUCCUUCGGUUUUUUUUUUGUUUUUUUUUUUAAUGCGCUUCUCCCUUUCCCCCGUUUUACUGAGUGGUCUCUGCAGACCUCUAGGAGAGAGAGACACUUUUUUGUUCCGUCUUAUUGUUACUGUUGAUGGUUUUGGGUCUUUAUGUUUUUUCUCCCCCAAAGUUGUCCUACGGGGUGUAUAAAAAUAUUCAGACUAAUAACCAUGGAGCAGUCUGCAGAAAGAGGACCAUCUUUAGGCAUGGUCUGAAGACUUGGAUAUCAGAUGUACACUUUGCCAGCGUCUAGGACUUGCAUGUAAAUACAGAGAUUUUGGGGGAUGGGGUGGUUUUCCCCCCCAAAAAAUGCAUUCGCGUCACCCAGACACAAGAAGCAGCUUCCCCCUCCCCAGUCUCUCCCAGCCCGCCGCCAGGGCCAGCGGAUGGAGACGUGGAGUCAUCAAAGGCUUGGCUUUUAUUUUCCUCCUUACGUUUGAUGUGAACCUGUAGCUGUAUAAUGCUGUCAAAAGUUGGACUAAACCCAUAGUUUUUAGUAGCCUGUAUAUUUUGUUGUAAAAAGAAAAGGAAAAAAAUACAAUCAACCAAACCAACCCCCACCUUUUUUAUGGACACUGAUCACCCCGUCGUAAAUCCUCUGGCAGUUUGUUAUUUGCGCACGCCGCCUUUUCCUGUUGUAACUUAUGUAGAUAUUUGGCUUAAAUAUAGUUCCUAAGAAGCUUCUAAUAAAUUAUACACAUUACAAAUAUUCUUUUUUAUUUUCCCCUUUGGUUUCCCCUCCCGACGCUCCUUUCCUUGAAUCUCUCUCCUUUUUUUUCCCCCUUACCCGCCCCCCCUUUUUUUUUUCUUCUUGGUGGAAAAACAACCCGGGAUGUUGCCAGAUCCCGGAAGGCCCCUGCCCCUCCCAGGGCCCAGACCCUGUUCCCAAAGGGGAGCUGUGCCAGAGGGUUAACGGGAUACAGGAUCAGUUCUCAGCGUGCAAACAGGACAAGCAAACGCGUGGGAUUCACGAACUCGAGAGCGAAGGAAUCGAGUCCAAAUUCAUUAGCCCGAUUAUUUUUGGGGGGAUGAGGGUGGGGGCGGGGGGCACCUCAGAGACUUCUUGCUAGAGAAAGCAAAGUAUUCCGGAACUAGAAAUUCAAAUGCCAAAGGCACGGAGGAGAAAGAAGGUAAAAGUCUAACGCCAUUAGGAAAAAAACCUAAAAUAACGAAGAACCUGCUGUCAGUAUAGAACGUGAGUCCGAUUUAAAGUGUCCAGUUUUAAUAUCUUGUAAGAAAAAAAAAAAAAAAAAAGAAAGAUAAUUUCUACCAGGUUUUCCUAUGUACUUGUAUUUUAAGGGAAGUACAGUCACCUUAUUUAUAAUCAAAAUAAAAAGAUAGUUUAUUGUGUACAACAUGUAGUUUGAAUUAACUUUCUUUAUCAGGCUGUGUUUAAUUUUCUACAUAUCCAUAUAUUUAAUUUUCUACAUAUCCAACCCCUCACGCCCGCACCCGGCCACGCAGGUUCCCCUGCCCAGCCCACCCCGCUACCCAGGCGGAGAUCAGCCGCAGGCUGCGGCUCGCUGCAACUCAGACGGGCUUCGGCUGGUUGGUUUGGGUGCUGUUCUUCGUGUCGAUUUUCUAAGGGGGGGUUGUUUGUUUGUUUGUUUAUUUGUUGGGGGUUAUUUUGUGUAGCCGUUUGGGAAGUUUGUAAAGAAGGAGAUGAGGAGAAAGUGCGUGCGCGCACGUGGGUGGCUGCGCAAAGGUGCGCGCCGGGCUGAGACACACAGGGGCGUUUGGUAGGAAGGUAAAUAUUGUCGGUAAUGCAAGGCAGAUAGAUGUUAACUGUUCUGUAAAUAUAUAAAGCAUAUGAAGCUAAGCAGCUCAUAUCUGACGAGUCCUAAAUCCCUGAAAUUCUCUAUUUUUCAGGUCCCAAAUAUCGCUUUUGUGAGUAUAACAAAAUAAGAAGUGUCCCCACUCUAAAAGCGUGUUUUCCUUUGCGUCUGCUGCUCGGUUUCGUUUUUUUCCCCAAAUCCAUAGAAAGCGAUCGCAGCCAUUGAAACACCACUGAAUUACAGAGGUGUUACGAAAUAAUCAUAUUUUUGAAGUGAAAGAAAACAGGUUGCCUGGGAUGGAAACAACCCAACCUCCAAUUUAAGUAGCAGCUUUCGAAAGCUCCAGUUCUUUAUUUAUACAAGAUAGCUGGUGUUAGUCGGACACCAAGUGCUAGUCUGGAUGGAGAAAAAGGGAAGUACACGGAAGAAAAAAAAAAGUAUCGGAUUCUUUCUGACCCCCUCCCCCUUAUUUCUAACUGGAGGACAUCACGUGUGUCAACAGGAAUUUCGAGACCUUUCAUUCUUUAGGUUAUGUCCUGAUUUAUACAGGGACAUUCUUAAAUAACCCAAAGAUUUAUUUUUUUUUUUUUUUUUUUUGUUCUUCUUCUAUGAGGAAUAUUCAUUUCAGAUCUGUAGCAUCGUGUUAAGCAUGGCGGGGGGAUGGGUGGGGGGCGGCAGAGAGUGGUGUCUGGAGCUUAGUACUGUUAUUUCUGCUAAAAGAAGGAAAUGUUGGGGGAUUCCUGGUUCCUGGUGCAGAGCUUCCCCGGAGGAAGUGAGAGUAAGAUUAACUUUAAGGACUUUUUUUAUUUUUUAAAUUAGGGUUAGCUUCUCCUGGAGUUUAUACACAAGGCCGAGGGGAAAGUGCUCCAGUUAAGUCGACAUUUCCCCUUCAGAUGUAAUUAAUGUGCUUUCUUUCAAACCCAGGAACGUUCAAAAGUGAGUAGCACCGAAAGGCAUUAAUACAGCCGAGAAAUGUCACAGCCCCCGCCCCCGAAUAUUGGUGUUAGCAUGUUUGAUAGGGAUCCAGUCAGAGACUUUUCAUUAUAGACUUCGGGGGAAAUAAAGUAAUUUUAUUGUGUCUCGACAACCUCAUAAAUACAUAUUUGGUGGUGGGUGUAAUUACUGUAAUGGAUUAUUAUGUACACUGACUUAUCUUUCUUAAACUAGAUUUAGUUUCGAUUAAAUAAACUCGUUUCCACUUUGUCUGA